UGGUUGUUAUGGUGAUAGCUCAAGGCCUUGCCUUUCAGCUUAUAUGAGAGAAUAAUGUUCAUAUUUCUCUGGGGGGGUGAGAAUUGAAAUCUGAAUAGCAAAAGGGAAAAAAAAACCUGACUGACAAUAAAGGGAUCAGUGCAGUUAGGUCGUGCAGGCAGCAAGCAGUCUUUCUCGGUCAUGCCAGUUCUUAUACUUGAUGCUGAGUCACUAGACGGUAUCCCAAAAUCCCCUUGUAAAAAGCUUCCAUCAAAGACCAUGGAGGAACUAGAACACACCUGCCCUCAGCCUCGCACGACUUUGACGGAACCCGCCGCAUUUUCGGAAGAAAUAACCUGUCGGUGCAAGGCCCCUCACGAGAGACUAACCAUUGCUCAGGCGCGUCUGGGAACACCAAUUGACAGACCAGUGAGAGUUUAUGCAGAUGGAAUAUUUGACCUCUUCCACUCUGGGCAUGCCAGGGCUCUCAUGCAGGCCAAAAAUCUCUUCCCAAAUACCUACUUAAUUGUGGGAGUGUGCAGCGAUGAACUAACACACCAGUGUAAAGGCUUCACUGUCAUGAAUGAGAUUGAGCGAUACGACGCUCUGAGACAUUGCCGCUAUGUCGAUGAGGUUGUCAGAGAUGCACCAUGGACACUAUCCCCAGAGUUCCUUGAAAAACACAAGAUUGAUUUUGUGGCUCAUGACGACAUUCCCUAUUCCUCUGCUGGAUCAGAUGAUGUCUACAAACACAUCAAGGAAGCCGGUAUGUUUGUUCCAACUCAAAGAACAGAGGGCAUCUCCACCUCUGAUCUCAUCACCAGAAUUGUGCGUGACUAUGAUGUUUAUGCACGUCGUAAUCUCCAAAGAGGCUACACAGCCAAAGAGCUUAAUGUUAGCUUCAUAAAUGAAAAGAAAUAUCGUUUCCAAAACCAGGUUGACAAAAUGAAGGAAAAAGUAAAGAACGUCGAGGAAAAGUCAAAAGAGUUUGUUUAUAAAGUGGAGGAAAAGAGCCAUGAUCUGAUCCAGAAAUGGGAAGAGAAAUCCCGAGAAUUUAUUGGGAACUUUUUAGAGCUGUUUGGCCCUGAUGGAACCUGGAAACAGGUAUUCCAAGAAAGGGGUGGUCGGAUGUUGCAAGCUUUGUCUCCAAGACAAAGCCCCACAGGCAGCCCAACAAGAGAACGACCACAGUCCCCAAACUCCGAGUGGCACUUCCCCAGAACCUCCCCCCCAUCUUCCCCAAAAGCCGCUUCUGCCUCCAUCUGUGGCAUCAGUGAUGGGGAAGAAGAUGAAAAGUGAAAAGACAAGACCCUGCAGCACGUGAGCAGAUGAAUUGGAUCAGUAGUAAUAUAAUCUCAGGCAAAGACUGGCCUUUUUUCUUUCUUCCAUAGUUCUCAGGCAUUUAAUAGAGUCUGACAGCUAUUAUGAAAUACUGUAUUACUAGUGCAUUCGUCACAAACAGUAAUAUCUAAAUGACUUUAUAUUGUACAGUAGCCCUCUCUCACUAUUAGAUGGUAUUAUAUUAUUCAGUAUCUUGUUUUCCUCAUAAAAAGACACCAUGACAUAAUAAACAUGUUUUCCUCAUAAAAAACCCAUAUCAAAACAUCCCCACUAAACACCUAAAACACCCUCCAACAGAAUGUUAUCUAUUUCAGGUUGGUUUAAUGAAAAUACAAUUAUAAUUUGCCAAAAUCAAGUGUCAAAAGUGAUGCAAGAAGCAACAAAAACAAACUAAUAUUUCCCACUGAGUAACUCUUAAUUAGAAUUUACAGAUUGGGGUUGAAAAAUGUGAUGUUUCAGAUAAGAUUCGAUAGAAUUAUCACACAAAUGGGAAGUAAUUCCAUCUAGGGUGAGAUUUCUCUAUUUAAGUGGUACUUUAGAGCCUCUAAAAUUUCAUCAUGUCUUUGAAGUCAAUUUUCUGUAGUUCUUAAAAAAAUUAC